AUGGCAAAUGCCACCAAUUUCUCCAGCAGUGGUACUGAUACACAAAACGUUGGGGUGAUCAUCACAAAAACCACAAUUUGCAUGUUUCUCCUUGCUGUAUCCUUGGCAGAAAACAGUCUUGUCCUUUUAAUUUUUAAACAGAACUUUCGAAAUCGCUUGAGGAGCACCAACUGCUAUUUUAUCGCCAAUAUGUCUCUAGCUGAUCUCCUGUUUGCUGUACAGAAUUUGCCGCACGCAUACAACGACUUUGUCUUGAAUGGUCACUGGGUCCUUCGGGAAAGUGUUGGGUUGGCUUUGUGCAAGGUGGAUGUCUUCUUCUCGUUGAUUUCUAUGGUCACCACUAAUCUUACGAUCCUUGCAAUCUCCGUCGAUCGAUCUUUCGCCGUGUUCAUGCCGUACAAGAAGCUCAUUACUCGCCGAAUUUGCUUCCUCAUUAUUUUUCUGACCUGGUUUAUCUCGACAGUUUACGCCUCGCCUCUGCUCUAUUACUCCACUCUUGUCGAACGAGGAUUCUACACCACAUGCACACUUUCAGAUGCAGACGUUUUGAAAUUGUGGUACACCAUUUUGGCAGGAAUUCUUGCUAUAACUCUUGCCAUUAUGCUAGUGCUCUACACCGCCAUUGGACUCAAGAUAUGGCAGUACAGAACGAUUCCUGGCAAUCCAACCCAGGCAACGCUUGCAAGAAGGGAAAAACAAAAUCGCGAAAUUUUCAAAAUGUUGAUCACCCUUGUAGUUGUGUUCUACGUUUGCUUUCUGCCUUUUGUAAUGCUGAGUCUUUCUCAUCUUUUUGGCUUCUACUUGGUUUUGAAGAGAAAUUAUGGCCGCUUUAUUGUACUUAUGCUUUAUUUUAUGAACGCCGUUAUAAACCCUAUGAUUUAUUUUAUAUUUAACGAAAGCUUUCGUGAGGGUUUCAGGUCGGUUUUGGCUAAGAACAUCUGCCGUAACAGAGGAACUGUGCACACUGUAGAGAGACCAUUGACACCGGCUGUGAUCGAAGCGAGUGGCUGA